CUUUCUUCAGUACAAGUAUUUUGGUCGAAGUGCAUUUUUUAAAUGUACAAUUUCUUUUCCUUUUAAAAGAGACUUGGGAGUUUAUACUUUUGAAGGGCACCUUACGACCUUUUUUUAGGAGGCUUUCCAAAUUCUUCGAGAUAAUGAAACGUGUUGUCGUCCUAGGUUGUGGGGCAUGGGGCACUGCAAUCGCAACAGUUAUUGCCAGCAAUGUUAUUUCUUCGAGUCUGUUCAGUGAAGAGGUUAUUAUGUAUGCUCGUGAUGAGACUUAUGCUGACCGUCCUUUGGUUGAUUGGAUUAAUGAAGACCAUAUAAAUCCCAUUUAUCUACCAAAUUAUAGUAUUCCAGAGAAUGUUGUUGCUAAAAACAAUGUCAGGGAGGUCGUAGCUACAGCUGAUAUCAUAGCAGUCGCGUACCCUUGCCGAUAUGUCACUUGGCUAGUGGGGGAAAUAAAAGCAUGCAUCAAAGAAAACGCUUAUUUCGUAUCAUUCUGCAAGGGUCUUAUCUUGUACCCAGAAGAAAAUCGCGUUAAGUUAGUGAGUGAUCUUAUUCGUGAACAAACUGGCAAACGAUGCGUGGUUGUCAGUGGAGCAACAACAGCUAUUGAGGUAGCCCAAAAACAAUUUACAGAAGUAACUAUUGGCAGUAAAGCUUUAGACAGUGGAGAAGAAGUGAAAAAACUACUUCAGACAUCAUACUUGAAAAUGAUCAUAACGCAGGAUGAUGUGGGAGUCGAACUGUGUGGGGGAAUCAAACAUGUUGUAGCAAUUGCGGCAGGAAUAUGUGAUGGACUGAAGCUGGGGGAUAAUACCAAGGCGGCAGUGCUUCGUAUUGGCUUUUGGGAAAUGUCUGAAUUAAUGAAGGAAUUAUUCCCUGAUAGAGGUACUGAUUGGUUGACAAUAGAGCAGAGUUGUGGGAUGGCUGAAUUAUUUAUGUGUAUGGCUCAUCGAGCAGAUGACAUUCCAGAUGUUGGGUCAGAUUUGGAUCUAGUGAAUAUUACUCUUGGACGCAGAUUGUCUACUUUAGAAGAUUAUAACCUCCAGUCAGAAUUAUCAAAAAAUACAUACAGAACAUUUGCCGAUGGAGUUGAGUAUGCAGAGCAGAUAUAUAAAAUUUUAGCCGCUAGACAUCGUACCGCACACUUCCCUCUGUUUGUCGCAGUUCAUCGAAUAUGCCAAAAGGAGUUGCAACCACAGGAUUUUAUUCAUUGUUUCCAAUCUCAUCCAAUUCACCUAUAGCUUUAUCAUUUCUGGUACUUAUUAGUAAGAGUAACAGUACUUUAGCAACCAAGUUUGUUCGUUUGUUCACUUCUGUAAUUGUUUCACAAUUUUUAUUGUUGAUAAAAUCCUGUGCUGUUUCGUUGUUUAGAUUUCUGUUCAUAGUUUACUUUCUAUUUUUGAGUGUUUCUAGAGUAUGGAUUUGUGAACAAUUUCCAAAUAAUCUCAGGGAAUAUAUAUAUAUAUAUAUAUA